GCGGCGGCGGCGGCGGCUGUGACGGCGGCCGCGCCAGCCGGCAGUCCCGUGGCAGCAGAGCCCGCGCCUUCACCAUGAACAAGCGCCUGCAGACCGUCGCCGCCAUGGCGUGCAUGAAGACUCUCCUCAUGCUCUUCAACUUCCUCUUCUGGCUGACGGGGAUCGCCAUCCUGGCGGCGGGCAUCUGGCUGGAGGUGGAGCUGUACAAGUACAUGGAGCUGUCCACCGAGUUCUCGCGCUCCGCGCCCUACGUGCUGCUCGGGGCCGGCGCGCUCAUCGUGCUCGUCGGCUCGCUGGCCUGCUGCUGCACCGUCAAGGGGCAGCCCGCCCUUCUCUACAUCUACGGCGCCUUCCUGCUGGUGAUCUUCAUCCUGGAGGUGGGUGCGGCCGUCUCCAUCUACGCGUACCGCGGUCACCUGCAGGCGGGCUUCGACCGCGGCCUCACCCAGGCGCUCCACAGCUACGACACCGACCCCGAGAAGAAGGAAUGCUUCGACCUCAUGCAGUCCACGCUGCACUGCUGCGGAAACCGCAACUACACGGACUGGCCAGACAAGGUGCCCACCUCCUGCUGCAAGGUCGACAAGUGCGACACCAGCGACGUCUCCGAGAUCUACACACAGGGCUGCUACACGCUGGUGGUGGACUUCCUGAACACGAACAUCGGGCUGGUGGCCGGUGCAGCGGCAGGAGUGGCUGUCAUCCCACUACUGGGUGUCGUGCUCGCCUGCUGCCUGGCGCGCAACAUCAACAAGGCCAAGUACGAGCAAAUGGCCUAAGGUGCUGCGAGGGGCCGUACGGAGGUGGCGACUGCUGCCCCCGUCCCAGUUUCUCUGCGCUCUCUUUCUCCUUCCUCGUGUAUCUCGUUAUCACUGUCCACACUUGUAUCUACGCACGCACGCGGCUCUGUCCCAGCUACCAGCCGCACCGCUUCUGUCAACAUCUGUCGUGUUCUUCGACCCACGCUUUAUCAGUGUUGCAAAUGUAAAAACAUCACAGAUCUCCUAACAGAAAUAUAUAUAAACAGGCGUCCAAACUAAACAACAGAUGCAUGUUUUCUUGAGAAGUAUAGAUGAAGUUCUUAUGCACAAUGCACGUAAAUAACUUACAGAUAAAUACCUCACUGGUGACCAUUAAUAUGACGCCAUACGCGUUGUGUUUCGCACCGAUCUGACUAAAAACGCUGUUUUCAUCUGCAAUAACUGAGAUUAUGUGAUAUGUGCUUCAAUGUCCUUGCUGCUCACAGUGAAAACUAUAAUCUGACGUGGCAGCGAUGUUUGUGUUGCACUUAACAUAGUUCUUGACAACUUCACUCAAACGAGUAGUUCAUUUCUCCCCAAUGCUACGUUACGUUUGCUCUGUUCAUUGGUCCUAAAGUUUGCCUUGAAAGAAUAUGAAUUCUAACAGCACCACUACUUGCAGUAAAUUAAUACACGUUUCAUAAUAAUUAAUCAGAAAGACAGUCGAACAUCGCUACAAAUCUCGUUUAUUUUGUGUAUUAUGAUUUCACUCAAUUGAUUUUGCAAUUCGUCUCCUUAGUAACACCUGAUAAUUCAUUUGAAAUGAUCGGUUGUUAGGUGACAAAGUAACUUACUCCUCAGUAUUAUAACAGCUCACCCACCCUAAAGGUAACUGUAAAAUGCUUAAUAUGAAGCCAUAUUUGGAUUAGCUACAGUGUGUACCGACAAUUUUUUUCUAAUGUAGGUACUAGCAGAAGAACAACAGAAAAUAUAUAGUAUUCGGAAAUUACUUCCUAUGACGAAUUUGUUUGUCUACAUAAACGAGGCUUCGUAAGAGUCCAUGCAAAUCUGCGACAUAACACAGAACUAUUUUCUAUUUAAAGGCCGCACGUGACAGACUGGUAGUCAUGUUUUUCGCGUAGUGACCUUACAGACUGCUGUCAAUAACUGUUACUUUGGUUAAGUUUACUUACACACUAGUGAAAUCAUCUCGAAGUAUAAGUAGAAAAUCAAUUAUAUUUUGUACCCACAAACUGGAGCUGAUUUAUGAUUUGUAAGACAGGACCUUCGUUUCCUUCGCAACCACAGUAGCUAUGUUUAAUGUAAUAUUGAUUACCUGUGUUUUGGGAGAAAAGCUAUAUAUAUAUAUAUAUAUAUAUAUAUAUAUAUAUAUAUAUAUAUAUAUAUAUACGAAGCCUCCAAUAGUAGUAGCACGACGGUUGUCAUAUUUUUUCUUAGUGCGUAGAAUCGUCUUCAUCCUCAAGUUGUUUAUGUUUUCACCAUACUUCGAGCUUUGUCGGGGUGUCAUUGCUGGGAUGCACACAUUAUCGUUGGAGAGUUCUGUGUGUUUAUGACUUAGCAUUGUAAGAUCUGAACAAUUAUGAAUUGCACAACUGUCUGAUGCUCCUAAUCUCUCGUAAGCUCAGUUACUGAACACACGACUGCAGAAACAAGCAAACAGCACUAAGCGAGUCUGCCCAGUGCUGCCAACUUCUCGGUCUUUUUCAUAUCUAAGGUUAGAAACGCUCUACUGACAAAUUCCCUUACUAGAUUUGAUACGGUUCAGUGUACGAACCAGAACUGUUUCAAAUCUAUCAAACAUAUUACAUACAUUACCCAUUAUUUUUAUUUCCAUGGGAAAUGACAGCUGACUUAACCAAUGUCUUUAGUGUGAAUCAACCGGAAAAACCACAUGUCGACGUCGUUGUUUUUAUGUCACAUUAAAAUGCCAAGUCUGCUUCUGGAUCAUGACUAUGCUCAGAAAUCGAGCAUAGGCCUAUUUCAGGUCACUAAUCUAUAACAGAAAACGGAGACAAAGUAAGUAGGUUCACACUUCUGGGAAAGGCUCCGAUGCAGUAAUUGAUCAACAUAACCAUAAAAGAGGCAGACUUUUGUAAGGAUAUAACAAUCACUACAGAACGUACUAAAUAAACAUAUCGCGCUUAUGCUCUUUUUUGCAAGUCCCUCUUCCUUUGCUUCCGCUAACGAGUUGGGUAUUCUUCAAGACAACGUAAUUUCAGCGGAAUAUUUGAAGUAGGUAAUUUUAAACAGCCAAAAAUCGCUUGCUUAAUAACGUAAUAAGCUUUUAUUUAGUUUGAUUCUGCCUGUUACAGAAACUUGAUAUAUUAUCCUCAAAGAAAUGGCACACAAGGAAGCUGGAAAAACGGAACUUUUUUUAAGUAAAAUAAUCAGUGGCAAAUCAUAACGACUCACAUUCACAUAACACCGUUUCUGUCUUUUCAUUUUACGCAUAGAGGAUUCAUAUGAAAUCUGUGAUUGUUUUGCAAAAAUGAUAGUGAGAGGUAUCAAAACCAAGUUUAAAAUUUUAUUUUGACGCAUAUAUUUUCAAUUUUUUCUGAUCUCCAAUUGGAGAGCUUACCCUUCAAAUAAAACCGAGAGAAUUAUCAAAGGUGUUGCCUGUUGCUGUUGCCAUUACACAUAGGAAAAUUAGCCAUACUUACACAGACGUAUUUAACUAAGUAGAUUACUUCAUUUCUUGAUGGCCUCCAGAAAAAUCGGCAUGGAAUAUGCUACAAGGAAAAUUAUCCUGACGUUUUCGUCUGUAAGAAAAUUUCAGUCACACCGUUCGAAAGAAACUAAUUUCUCAAGAAAACUUGAAGGUUGUUGGCUACUACUAAGAUUUUACUGAGGAGGUUGGAUAUUGCAUAUUGCCUGAUAUUAACAAAAAAGAAAUGGUUUUACUAAUAUUGAUUCAGUCACACACGCAGGAGAUGAAAAUCGUUGUUAACUCUUAACAGUAAUGAUACGGAAGUAAACAUAAAUAUUCCUUGUUGCUGUAGAUUAUUCUUCAUUUAGUUAAAACAAAAUAUUCAUUGUUGUUGCAGGUUAUAGCUCAUUUGUUUACGUCGAGACUAAUUACUGUUGAAGGAAAUCACUUAAACUAGUUAAAAUAAGCCGCCUUUUUUUCUGACAUUGUCACGGAACUCGCGAUCGCCGUUGUCUACAUAUGCAAAACUAUAUUGUAUCUCAUCGGACGUUACAGAGUGUGCGGUUGGUCUCUGGGUCAGAUGCCUUACUUCACUUACUGCCUUCUACACGUCUUAUCUCUGGCACACAAGAGUUUCACUUGGGUGAAGUGAACUGAAUGGUUCCUCUGAGCUAUUGAACGUUGAUAAUAUAUUUUGAUAAUUUAAAAUUGGAUUUCAAAUAUCUAUUUUGUAAUAAAUCGUUGGUGUAACGGUAGUUUGGAGUAGUGGGUUCCUUUGCAAAGGCGCCUACAUGCAGGUAAUAGGCAAACGAUUUAUAUAGCCAGAGCACUUGUCACUAAUAUUAAAUGCUUCAUGUUUGUCCCAUAUGUCUGUAAUGCAACCAAUAUAUGAAAUAUGUACUCAUUUUUCAUUGUGCGUACUGAAUCUCUAAUGUAGAAACAGUGUAUGUUGUAGACUUGAAAGAUACCUUUACCUGUCUGUACAUAAAAGGACAAACCAUAUAUAACCACCUUCACCAAUGAGAUCUAGUGCAAUGUAUCUUAUAUUUGCUCUAUUUAUUGUUGUGCACUUCACUAUAUAAAUGUCUGUUUAAUAACUUUCAUCACGUAUUACGUUUUUCGUGCUCCAACUUAGCGUCUUUGCGUAGUAUGUGUAGAGUGGCAUGUCGUAUAUCGUGUAUAAGUAUGGAACUGUAUCCAUUUAAAGACGUUAUAUUAAAAGUAUAAUAAAAGGCUUGUUUUCAUUGU